AUGGCUGCAUCGAGUAAGAACCCUGAACGCAUCGUUGAACUCCGACAGAGUGAGGUGCCGGUCCCGUGGUGUGAUGAGUUUGAGAAGAUGAUAAGCGGCAUGAACUUCAACACGGGCAACUCGCAGGAAAUGAUGGAGUAUAAAUUAGCCACAAAGAGGAAACUACUCUCUUUUAACGAUGAUAACAUACCUGAAGGUAGCACCUUGGCCUCAUUAAAAUCAAGACGCAUGGCAGUAGCAAAAGAAAUGUUUGGCAAACUAGGCCACGAUGUUACUAUCGAGCCCCCCUUCUUUCUCCUCUGGGGUUGCAACAUCUUCAUCGGAAACAACGUCUACAUGAACCGAGAGGUAUCGAUUCACGACAACGCCCUUGUUACUAUAGGAGACGGCGUACUCAUAGGUCCUGGAGUUUGUAUCUGCCCAGGAACUCACGCAGCGGAUAUGCAGAGUCGGAGAGACGCGCAGGGUACUUCAUUUGCACUGCCAAUUCGUAUAGAGGCGGAUUGUUGGAUAGGAGCUCGUGCUACGAUAUUACCGGGUGUCACUAUAGGGAGAGGAGCGACUGUUGCGGCGGGGGCGGUUGUGAUUAAGGAUGUUGAGGCGGAGACGUUGGUGGGAGGAGUUCCGGCGAGGUUUAUUCGGAGUUUGAAGGACGCAUCAACAUGA